GAGAUGGUCGGACCAUUUUUAGCAGAUUUCUACAUUAUUAAUGGACUCUUAUUAGAAUCACGAAAGAGGAGAGAACAUUUAACGGAAGAAGAUUUACAAAAAAAUAAAGCAAUAAUCGAAAGUUUUACAAAGGGAAAUUCCGUCAAUUUGGACGGUUCGGAGCCGCAGAGGAGAAAGUCGUUACAGCCUCCGAAGGUGUCUCGAAUAAGUUGGGAGGAAUACGUCAACGCGCCGGUGGGAAAGAACUGCCACUUGGGACGAAGCAUGAUGUGCAAAGAGACGUCGAAAGUGUUUAAAGCCACACUGGCCAUGAGCGAAGAAUUUCCUCUCUCGGUCGACGCUCUGCUGAACGUUCUGGAGGUCAUCGCGCCCUUCAAACACUUCAAUAAGUUACGGGAGUUCGUUCAGAUGAAGUUGCCCUCCGGCUUUCCCGUCAAAAUAGAUAUUCCCAUUCUGCCCACGGUGACGGCCCGAAUCACCUUUCAGGAUUUCCACUUCCGCAAAGACCUGGCCGACGCCCUGUUCGACGUACCCUCCGAGUACCAAGAAGACCCCAACAGAUUCCCGGAUUUAUGAUUCCCGGGAGACUUCACCCUGGUCACUCUGGAGGCGGCUUUCGGCGGCGUGGGGGCGUCGUCUCGAGCCGACGCUUCCGGACGCCGGCCCCCUCCGCCUCUCCCUCCUCUUCGCCCUCCUCCGGUAGAAAGCGAAAACGUCACCCUGGUUUUGGAUCUGCCCGUUUCUCUGGGAUGCGGCAGUAUUUAUUCCUCUUGCAUCCGUUUGUUUUUCGAGCUCUGAUCUCUCCCCCCUCUCUCCGCUCUUCUUUCUCCGCCGGUUUAAUUUAUUUAUUAGAAAUCGCCCCCCGCCCUCCGGCCCGGGGGGCGGCCACAUAUCUCCGCGCCGCGGAAUUUGCGGAGCGGCGUCACGUCGACGACGCGCGCGUUUCUGCCCGCCGCCGGGAGAGACCGCGCGUCGUCUUCCGCCGCGGCGCCCUGUAAAUAGCGUGUAAGUAUCCAGCGUGACGUGGUAAUUUAAAUUUUGUAGCGGUGGGCCGUGGCGCGUCGACGCCCCCCGAGCGCGCGCGUCGAGCCUCCGCCGGAGACGACGGCCGGGGUUGGACCGGGAACGUCGGGCCCGGCCAGGAGCGCCGGAAGUGGUUACGGGGCGGGCCGAAGAAUCCGGCUGGUUGGAAAACGAAGAGUUUCCGUUUUAUCGUCGCGGGGGCGCAACUUCCGGCGAUUUUUAACCGUUUUCCGCCCCGGCCGUCCGGAAAUCUCGGAACGAUUUUAUGGGAAGAAAUCAAAAGAACGCGCUUUUAAGCUUAUUUUUUCACUCGUGUCGAUGGAAAGGAAGGGAAAGCGGAACCUUUCGGACGUUUUCCACCCGCCGACGCGGGGCGGAAAAUCCCAUUUUUUGCGUAAAGGACGGAGGACCCGAAACCCCUCCGGUCCUGGGCGCCGCCGAGCGCUGCGAUUCCCGCCCGGCCCCUCGGAGGGAAAUUACAGUUUUUCCCGGAAGAGAAACGGAAUGUCCGUCGACCGAGACGAAACUCUCCGCGAAUUUUGCCGGGAGGUAAAAGCGUAGGAGGUGGAAAGGUCUGGGUCAUCCUCCGCCGCCCCGGAAAACGUCCGGAAGGUGGCUCCGGCGGCGCGUCUCCGACCGGCGUCCGUCACCAUUCGCACUGUACAUAAUCCCGGGCGCGUCCGGCUUUUGUUUUUUUAAAAUCGGUGGCGGCGGGCGGGCGGCUCCGGCGCGGCCCGGGGCGGGAACGUCGAAGGCCCGGUCGCACUUUAUCCGUUUUGUAAAUAUUAGUUAAGUCUGUUUGAAAUAAAAUCUAUGGAAAAAUAGUGGCGCUCCGCCUUCUUUCCGUUUCCGCGGUAAGCCCGGUAGUCGGUCGUAGUUUGGCGCUCGUACCGACAGAUGGCGUUUUAAGAGUCUGUACUUAAGGUACGGUACAUUUUCCGCGUGAAAGUUCUUUGGUUCGCUCCGCGUCCGAGUUUAAUUGUACGCGGUUGGAAAAUGGGGAGAUCCCCGUACAAAAUUGACAAUUUUUAAACGUUUUUUAUUUCGGUCCGAAGUUUGACGGCCGAUUUUCCAUUCGUUUCGCGCCUUUCGUCGGGUUUAACGAUUAUUCGCUUGGGGAUUUUAGCCGUUACCGUAUUUGGUAAAAUUUUCUUCCGCGUUUUUUCGUAAGCGUUAUCGACCUUCUCUUAACCGUAGGUAAGUAAUCGUAUCUCGGUAUUCCGACACAAAUGCCGCAAAAAAUCUCCUGUUCCUCCACCCGACAAAUUUUCCAUUAAUAACAUUUCUUGUCGUACGUAAAAAUGAAAAAAGUAAAGACGUUGCCGAUAUUUCCCGCGGCCAUACUUUGUAAAAGGAAGAGGCUCCGGUUUGAGUAAAACUAAUAUUCGCGCCUAUUACGGUAUUUUUAACCGCCGUCGUUAGUUAAUUACGGACGGGGGGAGCGAAUGGUCCGCGGCUUCGACCAACAAUUUCUCCCGGUAACGGAAAAGUUACUUUUGCUAACUGGCGCGAGUUUCUAGUUGUAUAAUUCUUUACGUCGGGUGUAAUAUUUUCUACGGCGCCGAAGACAGGUGGAGAAUUUACCUCCACCCGAAGCGCCCGGUUAAACAGUCGGCUGUAGGAAAUACUAUAUCCGACGUAAAAGAUUAUAGAGUUAAAAAUACGGCUACCCUGCGUAAAUGUCGUUUCGUGCGGCGCUCGAUGGGUACGCGACUGCCGCGUUAUACCUUACACCGUUUCCCGCGGAACGGAGUCCAGCCAUUUUUAAGACGCCCGUUCGAGCGAACGCGGGCCCAAGCCCGGAGAGUAGGCCUAAAAUCGCCGUCGACCGUUCCGUAUUUAAAGAAGAGACGGAAAAUCCGGGAGGCGGGAGAUGGUGGGUAAACGUAAGAAAAGGGCGGCGGUUAAGUACUUCCGUCCACCCCCGGACCUAGGCGGAUUCCGAAUGGCGCCUUCGUACCUUUGGGAGGAGCGAAAAGCCGGUUAUUAUCUAUCGAACAAUUAUCGGAAGAGGGAUUGAAAUUGUCGCAAAUAUCAAUAUAUUUUUAUAAAUUUAACUAAUAUACUUUAUAAAAGGAAAACGAAAUUUGCUUUUUCUUUUAGUUUUCUGUAAAACCAUUGAUAAAAGAACAAACUUAUUUAAAAGGAGUUUGUUUAUCGCCUCACCCGG